CAGACUCAGACCCAGAUAGUCUCUCCUCACUUUGCACUGGAAACAUCACAAAUGUACUCUAGCAGUUUUGCAGAAUUUCAUAGAUGUUUCCAGCACCACCUUCUGUGAUGACAUCUCCCAAAGGAAGUCGAGCCCAGAAGCUGAAGCUGCCCACUUUAACACGAAAGGGGACACUGGAGGUGCCGUCCCCUACAGAGGAGGACUGGUCUAAGGAUGAUGAAGAGGACUGGGUCUUCAAGGGUCCAGAUCAAGAGCAGGAUUCCCUACCUCAGCCUUAUCGAAUGAUCAACAAGCUAGUGAACUUUCUGUUUGACCACUCGUGGGAAAUUAUUGAGGAGAGGGAAGCAUCGAGGAAAGCUGAGCUCAGCCGCAUCCAGCCCACCAUCUACCCUCCACUUCUAGAAAGCAAGCUCAACAAAAUGCCAAAUUGUAUGGCUAUUUCCCAAGACUAUGUGUUUAUUGGAGGAACCAAAGGAUUCUCCAUCUAUAAUCUGUACAGUGCUAAACGAAUAUAUGUUUGGGAGAAGCUUAAGGUUGAUGUCACUUCCAUCUGGGCCACAGAUUUGGGGAGUGAAAUACUUAUUGCUUCUGUGGAUGAAAUGGGUAUCAUUAGACUAUUUUAUUUUUAUAAGGAUGGUCUUUACCUCAUCAAAGCCAUCAAUGAAGCGGAUGAUACCAGCAAGCAAACCACCUGUAUAAAGAUGGAGAUUUCUGAAGGAGGGGACUUUGCAGCCUUCCUCCUACAAGGAGCCGGAGAUAUUUGGCUGGAUGUGUAUAAAUUGCCUAAGGAGUCUUGGCUCAAGGAAGUGGAGCACCCCCAACUCACCAUAAAUCCAAAGAAAAAAGUCAGACAGCUGCAACUGAACACUCUUGAUCCCGUGACUGCAGAUAAUUUAGAAACGGAUAUAAACAUUUCUUUUAGAGGAGAUGUUAAGUUGAGUCUUCCGGUUUACAUAAUGAAAAUCAAACCACCCAAACCAGUUGCAGGUACCACAUUUAAAAGCCCCCUGGAAGUCUUUGCAAAGAUAGAGGACUGCUGUGGGCUGGGCUCUGGGCAGAAUCACUUCAUCAAGGACAGUCAGUGGGAGCAGCAGGCGGCAAUCUUCAACGCCACCUUCAAGAAGUACCUGGAUGGGGAGUGGGAGGAGGAGCCGCUCAGUAUGGCCACGUUCCACUUCCUCCUUCCUAGCUGCAUAAUUGCAAUGCCAGUGGAAGUCAAGAGCCCCCCAGGGGUAGCCUGUGUCAUUGGCGUACACUGGACUGGGAGUCACAACUUCUUCCUCUAUUCACUUAACCGAACGCUGAAGGAUAAAGCUGACCCCGAGGGCGUGUGGCCCUGUGCUGCACCCAUUGCGGUGUCUCAGCUCAGCUGCUGCUACUCCUACCUGGUGCUGGCCUGCGAGGAUGGUGUGCUCACACUGUGGGACCUAGCCGAAGGACUCUCUCUUGGGGUCAUCGCUCUUCCUGAAAGAUGUCUCUGCCAAAGCAUUCACUUCCUGAAAUACUUCUUAGUCCACAAAGGACAGAACAUGUAUCCCGAGGGUCCAGUGAGAUCCCAAAUGAAAUGUGUGGUACUGUGUACAGAUGCUUCUCUCCAUCUGGUGGCAGCCACGGGGACCCAAAGACCCACCCUCAGUGUGCUGGUGGAGAGGCCUGUGAAGCACCUGGAUGAAGCCAUCUGUGCAGUGGCCCCAGUCCAAGCUUUACCUGGCAUGGUGCUGAUCUUUUCCAGCAAUGGCUCUGUACACCUCAUGGAUGUGGCCAAGCCGCAGAUCGUCUGCGCCUUUGCUCCCCCAAGGUCCUACCACCUGGCGGUCCCCUGGAAGCCAGUGUUUGGCGUGUCUUUACACCACCCGUGUUUCCUGCUCCGAGGAGACCAUCCAGAUGAAAUUGGAUCUGCCAGCCAAGCCGAGGACAUCCCAAAUUCUAUUUUCUAUUUUAAUUUCGAGGCCUACCCACUCCUGGAACAAAUCUCAAGAAAUUGCACCAUUCCUCAAGCUAAUGUGUUGGAUGACACAACUUUCCCCCAGGUGUUGCCCUUGGAGGAAAGAUGCGAGAAUUUCUUCCAAAAGAGCUUUCAGAAGCCGGUGAAGAACAAGGUGAAAGAACAGGAGCACUGGACCCGGCUGCAGAGGUAUUCCUUGCUUCUCCAAAGAGAGAACCUCAAGAAGUGACAGGGCUGCCGCCCUGGGCUCUCUGAAAAGGUUGGCAGCAGGCAGGCUUUGCCCUGGAAUGCUGUGAGGUCAAGAGACACGGUGACAAAGGGCUGCAGCUCAGUAGGCCUAAGGGGCCUAGACUUGCAGUCUGGGACCUCUGCAGAGCCAGCAAGGGGAGAGGCCCAGUUUGGGGGGCCUUCAACCACUAAGCCACUUGGAAUCCUCAGGCGGGCAGAUGUGUCACCUAAAUAAACAGCGAUAUUGUCUCCAGAC